AUGAUCGAAAGGAAACACCGAAGACCUAUUGGCUUUUAUGAGAGACAAUUUGUGGUUCGUAAUAUUGGUAACUUCUACACCAGUUUCAAUGUCACAGGAAAAUAUAGAGGAACAAGGCGAAUAACUCCCAACGUCCUUAGUCGUGCCUUGAAAAAGUUAAUUAGAGAUUCAAAUUACUGGCUAGUAUAUAACUUUUAUCGUACUCAUUCAUAUAAGUCGGACAAAGAAUAUGAUGGUACUAAUUUUGAAGUUAGACCUCUUGAAAGCUUAAAUUAUAAUGAUGCGGUGAAGUGUAUGUCAGUUCAGAGUUUUGAUAAUUCUGUCUUGAAGAUGUUUAAUGAUUUAAGGCCUGAAAUGAACUCGCCGACACUGGCUCUUUGGAUGGUUUAUUUGAUAGAAUCGUCCAGUGAUAAAAGACAGUAUGUUUCACUUGUUUGUGAUCAUGCGUUGCUUGAUGGAGUCAGUGGUUCAAAGUUUCACAAAGAUUUAAUGGAAGCUCUAAAUCUCCAGGACGAAUACUGUGAAAUGCAACAAACAUUAUUUAGCUACGAGGAUGAGAAGGAUUACCUUGGUGAUUCCUUAAUUGGGCCAGUAGAGCAAUUAACUGGCUUAUUUCAGCCCAAUUUUAGUACAAUAAUUGGUCACUUUGCUUCAACAUUCAAAGACAUGUUGACGUAUAAAUGGACUAACUCUCCAGUUUCAGAGUCAGUUUUCGCUCAUAAUGUGAUCACUAAAGAAAUGACGACAGACUACCAAAUAGUCAACUUUGCUCCAAGUGAAUUAUCAAAAAUGCUUGAAUUCUGCAGGAGGAACAAGAUCACACUAACUCCAUUUAUUCAUAUUAUCGCUCUUAAACUUUUAGAGAAACGAUUCUUGCCAUCUCAGUUCCAGGAUAUUUAUGGAUGUCUUGUAUCGCUGAUUAAUAUUUUCAAGCCAUCUCAAUUGCUGCUAAAUAGUGAUGAUGAGUGGCUAAGUUUAAUGAAAGAUUUCCAUCAGGAGAUAAUUGACGAUUUAUCUUCUUUAGAUUCAUUUAAGGAAAAGGGAUUAGUUAAGUACACCAAUGUCUGGAAUUCUCAGGAAGCCAAAAUUGGGAAACGUGAAGGUAGGCAGACUUUAUUGACAUCCAACAUAGGGAUGCUUAAGCUACCUAAACCUACGUGCUUUGGAUUUACCCUAGAAGAUGUGAUAUUUAGUAGCUCGACUUGUGGAAGAUAUCAUUUCAUUUUAGAUGUUGCUGCGUCAGAAAUUGGGGGUCUUAAUGUAGUUUUUGCUUAUUUGCCUGAGUAUAGCAAAAUAGUCUAUCCUGACGGCACUAGGGCCAUGGAUAACUUGAUAGCAGAAUUCAAGUCCCGUUGUUCCACUAUUAAAUGA